GUCCCCGCGUACCUGAGUCAACCAGUGAACAGGGUUAGCGGCCCGUUUGCUGUGAAUGAUAUAUAGCUUUCGAUCGACAAGUCGAGGCCUCGGAUGACUCCUCCGGUGUUGGGAUUGCGCCUGGAGGCACACUGGUACAGUCCCUAGCAGAGGAAAGUGGAGCAAGUGGCGCUUCCCUGCGAACUGGCACCACAAGGCCAAGCACCCGAACAAGGAACACCCAGGGUACCGGCUUGGGUCUAAUGGCUGGUAGUUCUGCUGAACACCCUUCCAUGGACCCCGCUCAAACCCAUACAAGGGUGAGGCAGCAUUGGACCAGAGAAAUGAAUAUAGGUCUCAUCAAUGCUUAUUAUAAGGUAACACAAGGAGAAACAAACACCAAAAAGUACGCUGAACUACUAGCUAGUCGGUGGGUGGAGAUGUACCCUGACAAAAAAUUCACCGGAAAACACCUUAUCGCGCAAGUGAAAAAUAUCAAGACGCGGAAAUUGCUUGCUCCAGACGAAUUGGAAGCAAUGAAGGCGGAUGCAAUAAGAAGCUCUCCGGUCACAAAUGUUCGUACUAUCAGAAGAAGCCUGCAAGGAAGAAGCUCCAUCAGACCACAAGAGCUAAGAUUCAGCGAAAACGACGAGAAUAAUCAAAUGCAGGAAUUGAACAUACCAGAUGAAGCCACCGAGGGAAUACUCUCGCUCUUCCGAGAAACCAAGAUUAAAUGGGAAGGAACAACGAUGGAAGCCAGGCCAAAAAUCGGCAGAAUAAAAAAUAAUCCGGAAACGAAAGCAAUGAUGCACGCUAUGGAUACUGCCUUGAAGGAGACAAUCUCAGCGUCAGCCGAUUUGGAGGAACUGUGUCUCGUGGUCUAUUGUGCGGCUGUCACUGCCAAUACCAUUCAGCAGACAACACCAGGAACUGAAAAACGAGGGAGAAAACAAGACAGGAAACCUCCAUGGGAGAAAAGACUGGAAAAAAGGGUAGAAGAACUGAGAAGGGAAAUAGGAGUCCUACACGCAUACCUACAUGAACAAAAACCGAGCAAAAGAGUUGAGAGAAAAACGAAGGUUUACUCCAAGAGAGCUGGACUGAAGAAAAAUGAUGCUAACUACCGCACAAACAUGAGAACCCAUCUGGAGAAGUUAAAACAGAAGAUAGCUGCACUGGGGAAUAGACUGCGAAGAUACCACAAGAGAACCCUGAGAUACCGCCAAAACAACAUCUUUGCAAACAACCAGAGAGAAUUCUACAGGAGUCUAGAAGAAGAACCAAAAAAGAACACAGAUCCGCCGGCCACCGGAAAAAUGAUUGAAUACUGGUCUAGGGUGUGGUCACAGAGCGCAACACACAAUGAGAAUGCUUCCUGGAUUAAGACGGAAGCAGAACAACAAAGAAAUCUGCAGGAAAUGGGACCAGUAUGCACUACAGAGGAGAAUAUCCGUGACACAGUCAAGAGGCUGAAGAACUGGGCAGCGCCCGGGGUGGAUGGGAUCCAUAACUUUUGGUGGAAAGCGCUGCCAUCAACCCAUGAAGUAUUGUCACGGUUCAUCCAGAAGGCGCUUGAAAACCCACAAACUGUCCCUCAUUUCUUCACUCGGGGCAUCACGUACAUGGUCCCUAAGAAAGGAGAUCCAUCGAAGCCAGAAAACUAUAGACCCAUAACAUGCCUCCCAUCUAUUUACAAAAUUUUCACUUCCACUAUAUCCUACCAAAUCGGCCUUCACUUGAAAAAGAACAACAUCAUGGCCUGGGAGCAAAAUGGUUGCAAGAACAAAGGCAAAGGAAGCAAGGAGCUCCUGAUAAUAGAUAAGGCAGUCACCGGGCAAGCAAAAUCAAGAAAGAAGAACAUCUCUAUGGCCUGGAUUGACUACCAGAAAGCCUACGACUCGAUCCCGCACUCAUGGCUGCUGCAUGUCCUUGAGAUAUACAGGGUGAACAGGCGAAUCAUCGACCUACUUGGUUCCCUUAUGUCAUCUUGGAGAACCACUAUCACCAUGACAGAAAAAGCAGCCUCAUACCAUACUGAAGAGCUAAGAAUAAGGAGAGGAAUUUUUCAGGGGGAUAGCCUAAGCUCGCGUUGGUUCUGUCUGGCCGUGAACAUUCUCAGUAAGAUCCUUAAUAGAUCUGCAUAUGGCUACUCCAUCAAUGACAUCACCAAACUCAGCCACUUAUUUUACAUGGACGAUUUAAAGCUAUAUGCCAGAGGGCGCAAACAAUUGGAGGGCGAGCUGGAGCUCGUCAGGAAAUUCAGUGAGGACAUUGGUAUGUCGUUCGGGCUGCAGAAGUGUGCCGUGAUUGAGGUCAAGCGAGGAAAAAUGGUGGAAGGAGGGAACAUCAGAAUAUCUGAUGGAAGGGAGAUAGCGGAGCUGAGUUUUGGGGAAAGCUACAAAUAUCUGGGCAUACAGCAGACUUAUGAGAUAAAACAAAGAGAAAACAAAGAAGGAGCGAAAAAUGAGCUAAUGAGAAGAGUGCGGAAGAUCCUUAAAACACAACUCUCAGCCAAAAACAAAAUUGAAGCACUUAAUAUCUGGGCCAUACCCUCCUUCACCUACACUGCAGGAGUGCUAACCUGGUCCAAAACAGAUCUACAACAAAUGGACAGAGGUAUUCGAACAACAUUGACAGAGCACGGUAUGCUUCACCCCAACUCAGCUACUGAAAGGCUAUACUUACCACGGAAACAGGGAGGCCGAGGUUUAACCAGCAUCGAACAGGCUUGCCUGCAAGAAGAAACACACCUAAGGGCAUAUUUUCGUGGAGCGCACUUACCUGUACACCGAUGGGUAGCCACGCAAAGAGAUAUCCACAUCUUGGACCGAGAGGAAGGAGCCGGGGAGCCUGAAACAGAAAAUCGGAUAGAGAGGUUAGAACUGAGCUGGCAGGCCAAAGCUCUCCACGGGAGGUUUUACGCUAGCCUACACCAGCCGGAAGUGGACCUGGCACAAUCCAAUACUUACCUCACACUGGGAUACCUCUAUCCGCAGACAGAGGGAACACUCUUCGCUAUACAGGACCAGGUGGUGCCAACCCGUAACUAUAGCAAGUACAUAAUGAAACUUCCUGUAGAGAAUACCAAGUGCAGGUUAUGCAGCAUUGCUGAGGAAACGGUGCAGCACAUCUCCUCGGCUUGUUCGGCGAUUGCGGCCACUAAAUAUUUAGCCCGACACAAUAACAUGGGCAAGGUGGUACACCAGCUGCUGGGUCUUCAAUUCCAACUUCUUCCACAUUUCACACCACAUCACCUAUACUCACCACAAACUGUAAUGGAGAAUGAAAACUUUAAAUUAUACUGGGAUAUGACGGUCAUAACAGAUAUAGGAGUGGAACAUAAUCGACCGGAUGUAGUGGUGUGGAAUAAAAUGGAAAAUACCGUCGUAAUACUGGACUUCGCGGUGCCUCUGGAUUGCAACUUGAAAAAGUCGUAUGGCGAAAAAAUCAAUAAGUACGAGGCACUGUCCCGGCAGAUGAGAGAUAUGUGGAAGCUAAACAGGGUGGACAUAAAACCUCUAAUUAUAAGUACGAACGGAUUAGUCCACAAAAAUACGGUCAAACAUCUGCGAGAACUGAAACUACCGGAAGGCACCAUUACAUGGAUGCAAAAAGCUGUCAUCUUGGGAACGGUGAAUAUAAUAAGACAGGUUAUAUACCCCCAUUGA